AUGGAUUCCGCUUCUGCUGCCCCACGUGGCUCGAAAAUAAGGAGUGCUUGCGAUCUGUGUCGCCUUCGAAAGGUCCGCUGCGAUAAAGCCCAGCCUGCGUGUGAGAACUGUCACCUUGCAGGACUUCCUUGUACUUUCACCCCACAGGCCCCUCACCAGCGGAAAAGUCUUCGUCAAGAGCUUGCCGAAGCUCAAGCUCGUGUACAAGAGCUCGAACGAGCGUUAGAUGCAGGCUUGAACCCCACGCACCUUAGUGUUCAGGAUGACCAGUCAAAAACGUCUACUCCUGGGCAUCAGAGCAUCUCAUCCGGGUCACCUCAGAGUCAACAAUCAUCAUCAGCUAACUUGGACGCAAAUUAUAUCCCCGAUACUCGAUCUUUAGAUGCCGCUUUGGCAUCCUUUCAAUCCCACCUCGCAUAUUGCGGGCUUGGAAGUCGCCUUUCAACGGCUCGAGCAAAUUUUUGCGCAACGAUCUACCAGCAAAGUGGUUAUACAUUUGACUUGGACGAGUUCUUAACUGAAGCCGCGGCAUCUUUUGAGAAACAAGGCUAUGUAUCCAAAAAGAAGACAACAACCACGAAAUGGCCCUCACCCUCUCUAGUCCAGCGAUGUGUGGAAUACUAUGCAGGAUGCGGACUGUAUUCCAUGUUUCCUUUUGCGGAUGCCGAGGCACUGCAAAUGCUCGUCAAUGCCGACGUCUUGAAUCACCCAGACACGACUCGCGCUGCUAAUCGUGCCUGCUUGGCUGCGUUCACGGCGAAUAUCACUCAAAUGCACCGUCAUGAUCCUGCCUUUUCCGAUGCCGAUCCCGAUGCUUACGCCCAAGCAGCACUUUCUCUCGUUCCACAGAUAUUGAUGGAAGCUCCGGACUUGAGAACGCUUGAAGCCAUAAUGCUGUUGGUAGUCUACAUCUCUCCCCUUGGACAACCCGUGUCCGCGGAACUGCUCUUGGGCAUUGCAAUACAAGUCCUAUAUAACCUCGGCGGCCACAAAAUCCGACCUACACCCGAAACCCCCGGUCGAUCACAGCAAAGUCUGCAUCUCCGCGCACUCUUCUGGCUCUGUUACGGCAUAGACAGCGAAUUUUCCAUUCGAAAGGGCCAACCUCCAAUGCUGAGUGACGUACACUGCGAUCUAGACUUACCGGUCAACUACACGUCGAAAUCAUCAGAGCACCACUUCUAUUUCACGCCGUUAUCCUCGAAAGAACUCCUCUACCCAUCUGAUCUCCGGCUGAACUUGAUCAAAUCAAAGAUCUACAAGCUCCUCUACUCGGAGAAAAAUGCGUCGCACUCUGAAGCAAGAAGAAUACAACUCAUCCGUGAAUUGGACCAUGACUUGAGUACGCUUAGGUCUGAGUUUCCCGUGGAUUGUCGACCAGAUCUGUUCGCGACUGAAAAUGCUCCGGAUUAUCUGUUCCACGAUCUCAGUAUACGGGGUGUCAGUAUUCAUCUGGAAUAUUAUUAUUGUCUGGGGAAAAUCCACGGGGCAAAUAAUUCCUACAAUAUUCCCGCGCAGGGAUCCUGGUCCCCUCUGCAAUCCAGUGCUGAGAUUUGUUAUGAAGCGGCACGCUCGACUUUGCUAUACAUUGGUCGAGUUCAACAUAUUAUAAAUUAUCACACUUUUUGGAUCCACGCCCAAUUCACGCUGACGGCUGUCCUCACACUUUUCCGUUUCCUCAUCACGGCUCCCCCUGCACCUAACUUUGCCCGUGAUCUUCAAAUAUUGGACGACACGGCUAAUCUCUUUGCGGAAUUCACGCAAUCGGACGAUUCAGAGAGAAACUGUUUUCCGCCUUUUUACCUCGCUCAUGCUUUUAUCAAGAAGUUAGUGUUUCUGGCUCGCGAGUCACAUAUUCGUUCAAUAGCUGCAUAG